AUGGUAAGUCAUCACGUGCGACAGUCGGAUGAUGCAUCCGACUCGAAGGCGACUCCUUACGCCUCGGGAUCACCCGGGGCUGACACUGCUAGAGCUAGAUUGACUGGCUGCGGUGAACGCGGCGGCAUCGUGCUCUAUAUCUUCGGAUCUAGUGAUUAUUCCGAUGAAUCUCCGCCUCACGCAAGUCCAUCCAACGAUAGGACGCGUGGGGAUGGUGGUGAUGCACCUAUACAUCACCACGAGCAAAGUAACUCGAGGGAUCAGGGUAACACUGGUGCCAGUGCUCAUGCUGGAACCAAUCAAGAGGCCAGGGACCGAAAUGUCCUGCGCCACGACCCUCAAGUGGAGUCUCCAUGGAUGCCGCCAUCUGGAGAGUUGGACCGGUUGGUCGGCACGACUACGGAACGGGAUCGAAUCCCGUUGUUCGAUUGCAGGAACAUUUGUCCGCCUGAUUCCAGCACGGAAGCUAUCCGUGCUGAGGAAGAGUUCUUCACCGAUGCGUUUUUCAAACAUCGGUGGUACAAUGGCAACCGUGGUCGAGACGAUGAGGCAUUGGUGCAAGAAUGGAAUGCCCUCAUCCACAACAUCGAGUGUAUUGGCCGUGAGACCUGGCUCGCAAAACUUGAUGCGGCUUGCAUCAGGUUUGAGAAACGCAACCUCGUCGGGGCGCGAUAUAAGCUGCAUCGACUGUCAAGAGAGGCAGGAUCACCCUGUAUAUCGUGGGUUGAAUCGUGUCCAGGUUGCCUGGACAACUCGAACCGUGCCCCUAGGUAG